GACAGAGGGAGUUGUUUUGGAAAAUUUGGAGUAGCGUCGAAAUCAAUCCGCCGAACGUCAAAGUAGCUGUCAAAUUUUUAGAUUGAUUAUUAAUACGCGAGAGAUCGAUAAGUUCUUUAAAAAAAUAAUGAGCCUAGUGAGCAGAAAUAAAACAAGUGGGUCCAAUGUGCAAGUCACUCCAACUGUUGUCCAUGAAAAUAAUGGAAAUGGAGUAUUUGACAGCAAGCCUGUAACUCCGGAUAUGGUUCUACAUAUGCCUACCAUUACAGAUAAGUACUUAUGUUCACCAGAAGCAAAUGUGUACGAUAUAGACUUUACUAGAUUUCAAAUAAGAGAUCUGGAAACAGGAACAGUCCUGUUUGAAAUUGCCAAACCUCCUGCAACAGAAUGCGAAGGGAAUCAAGAACCGGAUCCAGAAACGGAGGAAGCUGGAGGGUGUGAUCCAAAUACGGGACGAUUUGUACGGUAUCAAUUCACUCCACAGUUUUUAAAAUUGAAAACAGUUGGAGCUACUGUGGAGUUUAUGGUUGGAUCACGCCCAGUAAAUAAAUUCAGGAUGAUUGAACGUCACUUUUUUCGCGACAAGCUACUAAAGACUUUUGACUUUGAAUUCGGCUUCUGUAUUCCAAAUAGCAAGAAUACAUGCGAACAUAUCUAUGAAUUUCCAGCACUUCCUCCAGAGCUGGUAUCGGAGAUGAUUGCGAACCCAUUUGAAACUCGUUCAGACUCAUUCUAUUUUGUGGAUGAUCGACUGGUUAUGCACAACAAAGCAGACUACGCUUAUGAUGGAGGACUUGGUUAUGAACUGUUUUAAUCAACUUUUUAUUGCAAUCAAGCACAUUAAAUACACAUGCUACUAGAAGAAGCAAUGCUGUCUUGUGUGGCAAAGGUUUACGGGAUUUGAAAUAAUAUUUUAGUGAAACAAGCAUUCAGAGUAAGGAUUCCUACUUUUGAUGGAUCUUUUAAUGUUGAAAGACUACAUCACGCCGAGCGAAAUAGGAAAUCUACGUGUGUAUACUGUAUACAUUAGGGUGUGUGCAAAGAUAAUCAGUAUUGUUUGUUCUUACGUCGGAAUUUCCUAAUUUUUUGCAUAGAGUCUAGCAUAAAAUCUGUCUAAUUCUGGAUUACCAGCAGAAGUAACCGUACGUUGACUUGAUCACAGGUUUUGCAAUAAAUAAAUUAUUAUACAAAUGUUUUAACACAAGGAUCAGAAGGCUCAAAACAUAGCAUCAAAAAAACUUUGAAACUCUUCGAUUCAUGAAGGUUCUAAACAAUUCCGUUUGAAAAGAUAUGUGCUAUUCCACUGACGAUAUUGCGAUUCUACAAUUUUUUAAGAUACCAAUUCAGCACCUCUGAUAUUUUUUGCGGAAAUCUAAAUUUAUAGAAAUUCGUCUCAUAUUACAAAAAACACUUUCAAAGGUUUAGGAAAACAUUACUUAAUGAACCUUUUUAAACGUCCCAGUAUGUAUGUGAUCAGACAAUUUUUGCUCCUUUUGGUAAGCAUAUAUCUUCAAUGCGUGACAUUUUCUUCGCACAAGUGAUACGCACCGGUAUAAUAUCACAUUGACAGAAAAAAAUGUCUAUACUUGGCACAGUAGCACCAAAUCAUUGUUAUUCUAUAACAAAGGCUUAAAAGAUGUUACAUAUUGAUUUGUUGAAUUUAAUUAAUUAUUUAUGUGAUAUAUGUUUAUGAUACACUUAUUGUGAAUUGAGGUAGCCUUGUACCAUAAUAAUUAUCACUGCAUAGCAGUGAAAAAUAAAUUACUAGAUUUCUGAGUCUAGCGUCGUCACUUACUGCAGAUGCUAAAAGGUAUGAGUACAGACUAAACUCUGAAUUCCGUGCUGUGCUUA